AUGGCGAGUAAGGUAGCACGUGUAAGGAAGAAGGAGGUUGUGAAGGUUGUCCAUGGUGCUCUUCUGAAAACUAAUAUAAAGGCGCAGAUGGCGUCUGCAGCCCCACCGUUGGGUCCGCAGCUUGGUCAACGAGGAUUGAAUGUUGCAAACUUUUGCAAAGAAUUUAACAAAGAGCCGUCACAUCAAACGCGUAGUGUACCACUUCCCACACGCAUUUCGAUAAAGCCUGAUCGAACGUACGAUUUGGAGAUUUGCACAACGCCGACAACGUCAUGGCUCCUGAAGCAGGCAGCUGGAAUCGCGAGAGGAAAACAAAAUACUGAAUCUUCUGCAGAUGAAAUCGCUGGAAAGAUUUCCGUGAAGCAUGUUUAUGAAAUAGCCAAAGUGAAGUCGAGAGACAAAGUUUUGCAAGGAGUACCUUUGCAGUUCAUAUGUAGACAGAUAGUGCAACAGUGCCGAAUGAUAGGAAUCCAAGUACAGCGAGAGGAUUUGGAUCCAGUGGAGCUGAAGAAGUUCCUCGAUGAACGACGUGAGAUUGUAGCAGAACAGUUGAAGGCGCUUGCAGAUAAGAAAGCAGCAAAGAUGUUGAGAACUACUUAG